AUGGACAUUAUGAACUUCAUCGAUGCGGCUUGGUCACAUGUCACACCUGACAUUGCUGCUUUUGAUAUCAACAUUCCUUCAUCAUUGUAUUUGCCAACAGCAAGCGCGUCCAUUCCUAAUAGCAACAUCAAUUUGCCAGACUUGCUUGUAUCAGCUUUUGUUUAUGGUUUGAACGUGGAAAUCAAAACAUUUGUUUUAGCGAAUUAUGUAGCAAUUGAUGAGAAUAAUAACGAAAAGCCAGAGCAAUUGAAAGAGUUUAUGGGAUCAG